CUGCAGCAGUCUGAGGAGGAGGAGGAGAAGAGGUGAAAAGGAUGAGCAUUUAGGCUUCAUCUCAGUCAAAGUUCAAGAAAAAGUGCCGUUCAACUAUGUUCCUCACUUUGACUUUGAACUAAUGAGAACCGCACUAGACUUGGCGUUUCAUCCGGGACACACUGUGGCUCUCGUGUUUGUCUUUCAACGUUAAUUACAAAAGUGAUUAAUCCGGGAAGAUGUUCCGCCGGUUGUUAAAAUGGACGCUUUGCCUCCUCGGGCUCAUAACGACGAGCUCCACCUCACCUGACGAUGCUACAGCGGACUUUGGAGGCGAGUCCGGCUCUGGGAUGCUGUACCCAGGAAGGAAACGGGCCCCAGCUGAUCAGCUCAUGAAAUCAGUGUCAUACACAAAUUCUGAUGAGGUGAACAUUCUAGAGGAGAUCUCAUUUCAGCUGUCGAACAACAGUAACGCCUCUAUGACUAUGGAUGACAGCAGGUGUCCGGUCCUACAGGUGGGACAGUAUUCCACCUUGGCUCUCCCUCUUCAACAGCUCCUCACUGAUGGGUUUGCAGAUGAGUUCAGUUUGCUGGUACAGCUGCGGAGUCCACAGAGAGAUGAACGCAGUGUCUUCACCAUGCUCAGCCCUAACAGCCAUGUUAUGCUGCAGCUGCGGAUCAGUGCUAAUGCUGUCAUCUUCAUAGGAACACAGCAACGCCACUACGAGUUCCCAGUCAGCAGCUUGUCUGAUGGAAGGUGGCACCAUGUGGCUGUCAGUGUCUCCUCCAAGCGGCUGGCACUGUAUGUUGACUGCUCUUUGCUGGAGAGCGUGGACUGGGUGUACCACGGCAUUGGGAUCAGAACUGAUGGACUGCUCAUGGUCGGAGGAAUCAUUGAGGGUUUUGAGACUCCAUUUGAAGGUCAUCUUCGACAGCUAACCUUCCUGAUGGGUGACCCAGAUGCCGCCCAGCAGCAUUGCAGCCAUCACCCUCCCCACUGUGGCGAUGCCGCCCCUAAGCCUCCCCGCUCCCCACGCGUCAGCAAUGCCUUGGAGAAUGUACUUCUGUCCUCAAAUGACCUGGAGGACCUGCUGGGGAAUCCCAAGGACAAGUCAUUUUUGAGCUUUGGCAGAAAUAAUAUGUUUCUGCGACAAGGGAGUUCUCGGGGUGACGGGACACUGCCUUCAGGAUCCAGUCGGUCCAAAGGUUCGGUAGGUCGUGGGGAUGUCUUUGUAGUGGACGAGGACACUGACUUGUUGGAUCCAAUCUUCCAAAAUGGCAGACAAGUCAACCCUCAGUGGAAGCCUUCCAGAAAUGGAUUUAAGGGAAACCAGAAGGGGAAGCCUGAACUGUCUUCUAAACUAUUGGAGGAGAACAUCACCACAGACAAAAAGACUGACUCUGGUGGGAGGACUUCAUCGCUGUUGCCCAGAAAACCAUCUGAUGACAUCCUUGACCUGGACAUCGAAAGCGCCACCAAGAAGCCAAUAAUGGUAUUUCCUGUAGUUCCGAAAAUCCCUACAGAUCCCAGAGUAGACAUAGACUCCAACAAAUUAUGGGAGGAAACUGAUGAAUGGUCAAGGUCUGUCUCACCCACACCUCUUGUAAUCAUCUCUGGUCCAUCUGCAAAGGGAAAGCUUGACACCACUGGUCAUAGAGCCAAGCACAAUGGUAAACUACCAGAGAAGGAGCGCCCUGGCGUUGUGACCAUCGUGUCCAGAGACAGAGACCUGGUCCUGGGCUCAGAUGGCAAAACAUACCGGCUCCAGAGAGGACCACCUGGCCGAAUGGGUCCCCCAGGGCAGGAAGGAUGUCCUGGUGAGCCUGGGCUGACUGGAUUUAAAGGUGAUAAGGGUACGACGGGCCCUGAAGGGCGUCCAGGAAAAAAGGGGGAGCGAGGACCUCCUGGGCCGGCAGGUUUACCUACCUUCUACCUGUGGAAGAAUACAGCAGAGGAAUGGGCUGCCUUUCAGCAAACCAAUUUCUACCAGUUACUUCUUGCUGGUUGGCCUAGUAAAGAAGGCUCUGCAGGACCACCUGGAGAGAUGGGCAGGACCGGCAUGCAGGGACCUCCUGGUGAACCUGGGGAACGGGGACGACCAGGCAUGCCAGGAGAGAUGGGUGAGCGGGGUCACAGGGGCCCUCCAGGACGAGAAGGGCCCCCAGGGAGAGAUGGGGAAAAUGGAGACGAUGGUCAGCCUGGAUCACCUGGUGCCCCUGGAUCACAGGGCCUUUGGGGAUACAGGGGACAACGAGGGUCUAAAGGGGAAAAAGGUGAUGAGGGUCUCAUUGGCCUCAACGGUCCAAGAGGGGAAAUUGGUGAAUCUGGUGAAAAGGGUUCAACUGGUGUACCAGGACCACCUGGACCUGUGGGACCACCAGGGCCUCAGGGUAUCCGAGGUGGCCCUGGGCCAGAGGGGCCCUGUGGGGCUGAUGGGGACAGUGGACUGGAUGGCCCUUCAGGUCUAUCAGGGCCGAUGGGUCCUCCAGGUUUUACUGGACAAGUUGGUGCUCAGGGAGCCAAUGGCUCAAGGGGAGACAUGGGACCUGCUGGCAGUGUCGGCCCCAUAGGCCCACAGGGGCCUCCAGGUUUAGAUGGACAGAUGGGACCUCCAGGACUCAGAGGACCUCAAGGACAUCCAGGACUGAUGGGUGUUCCUGGACCUAAAGGGGAUCCUGGGCCUGUGGGGCCAAUGGGUGCCCGGGGGGAUCCCGGCUUUGAGGGGCCCAUGGGUGAACCAGGGGAACGAGGGCCCAUGGGUUUUCCCGGGGGAACGGGUAACAGGGGACCAUAUGGGGACAAAGGAGAUCCAGGACCUAAAGGCGACAGAGGUAUUGAAGGGGCAGCAGGUAUUAGGGGUCCUCAGGGAGAAAGAGGCCCUAUCGGCUUCCCAGGUUUCCCAGGCACCAAGGGCCAGCCGGGCCCCACAGGCCCAGAGGGCACAAAUGGAGAAACAGGCCCUCAGGGAAAAAAGGGUGGCCGUGGGUUGAAGGGGAACAGGGGACCAGAUGGACGAAAUGGCAAACCAGGACCCAGAGGGAACAAGGGUCGGACUGGAGAGAGGGGACACACUGGCCAGCCGGGCCCAUUGGGUUUGCUGGGGCCUCCUGGACCAGAGGGAGCAGAAGGAAAGCCUGGUACACAGGGUCCCUCAGGUGCAGCUGGCUGUGCUGGCAAUAAAGGACUGACGGGUUUUCAAGGAAUUACUGGAGACAGAGGAGCAGAUGGCCCUCCAGGUUCUCCGGCGCCACCGGGGAAACCUGGACCUCCAGGAAUACCAGGACCCCUAGGAGACAGGGGAUUCAUGGGGAAGCAAGGCAUGGAGGGACCCCAGGGCCCAGUAGGCAUGUAUGGUAUGCAGGGGAGUGUGGGCAUGCGCGGGCUUCCAGGGUUCACAGGACAAAGGGGUGAGCCAGGUUUACGAGGUUUACCCGGGCCUGUUGGGAAGCCAGGACCUGCAGGUUUGCCGGGCCCCUCGGGAGAGAAGGGACCCCAGGGACCUAAGGGUCGGCCUGGAGAUGAUGGACCCAAAGGGAUUCUGGGCCCACCAGGCCCUCCAGGUGUCCAAGGUGUUGAUGGGACAAUUGGAAAACCUGGACCUAGGGGAAGUCCAGGGCCCCCAGGAUCUCAGGGUCCACAUGGCCCAACAGGAAUCCCAGGAACACAGGGUGCUGAUGGAUUAUUAGGAACAGCAGGAGAAAAAGGACACAAGGGUUUACCUGGAUUGCCUGGUGAUACUGGCUCGACAGGACAAAGUGGACAACAGGGCCCCCCUGGACAAACAGGAACUGAAGGCCAAACUGGACGCAAAGGAGACCAGGGGGAUAUAGGGUCUUGUGGGAAAAAUGGUCAUUCAGGGCCUCCAGGAGAGAGAGGACUUGAGGGCCCAAAAGGCUCACAGGGACCACCUGGACCAGCGGGAGAAGAGGGUGAUGUUGGGCAUCCUGGUGAAACUGGAGAUCCUGGACCCAAAGGGGAGAAGGGGGUGGUGGGACCUUUGGGUUUGUCUGGUCGUGAAGGUCCGUGGGGAGAUCUCGGGGAAAAUGGUGCGAGGGGUCCAAAGGGGGAUAAGGGCCACAUUGGACUGAUGGGUGAACCGGGGUUAAUGGGCGAGGUGGGACCUGCAGGUCUCCCGGGGUUACAGGGAUCCGCAGGCCCUCGGGGCCCUCUGGGACUAGAUGGACCGCAGGGACAGAAGGGGGAAUCUGGGCCUGAAGGUAUUACUGGACCUCCGGGGUCAGUAGGCCCUCAGGGAAUAACUGGUGCACGUGGUGUCAGAGGAGACACAGGGAGCCUGGGACCACCUGGUCCAGUAGGACAAGUUGGACCUCAGGGAGAUGAGGGGCCUAAAGGGGAACCAGGGCCACAGGGACUGAAGGGAGAGCCAGGAACACCAGGUCCACAAGGGGAACAGGGUGAGGAUGGUCUGCAAGGAAUCCGAGGUCCUCCAGCUCUGCCAGGGUUAGAGGGGCCUCCUGGAGAAAUGGGACCCCAGGGUUCUCCUGGACUCACAGGGGCUCCUGGAGUACAAGGAAGACCAGGACCUGAGGGGAAACCAGGCACAAAAGAGGAGAAGGGAGAAAAUGGCAAGAAUGGAUCACCAGGCAAGACGGGUCAUGUUGGAAGGAGGGGGAAACGGGGGAAGGCCGGAGUCAGAGGCACCAGAGGGCACAGAGGACCAAAGGGCGAAAAGGGAGACACAGGACAAGUUGGCCUCCCCGGGUGGCCAGGGCUCAUUGGAAUCCCAGGCUUACGUGGAGAGCCAGGGGAUGAAGGUGAAAAGGGGAAAGAGGGUGUGAAAGGGGACAUGGGACUGGCUGGACCACCUGGAGCUGAUGGCAUGAAGGGUAUCCGUGGUCCUGUUGGGUUGCCAGGUCCACUUGGCCUAAAAGGAGAGCAGGGGAAUAUUGGUCCACCAGGUCCGAGGGGUACACCGGGAAUGCCAGGAUUGCCUGGUUUGUUUGGAUUAAAGGGUUUGAAAGGCUACCAAGGUUUGCCUGGUCUGCCUGGAAGAAGAGGGCUCCCAGGUCCACCUGGGGCUCCUGGACCCCCAGGAAAGUCACUGAACAUGACGUUGACUCAACUUAAGGACCUGAUGUAUGUGUCCGACAAGCCCAACUAUCAUCUGAUGCAGACUCUGAUAGAUUCUCUGCAGCAGGACCUUCAGCUGCUGGUGGAUCCUCCAGACGGCAGCAAGGAGCAUCCUGCCACCACCUGUCUGGAGCUUUGGCUCUGUCACCCUGAAUACAGCAGUGGAAUGUAUUACAUUGACCCCAACCAGGGCAGCCCAGGUGAUGCUCUGCUGGCCUACUGCAGCUUCUCUUCCACAUCAAAACAGACCUGCCUUCAUCCUCAAGACUCUCAGUUGGCCACAAAAGCCUGGAUGGAUGAAUUUUCUGAAGAACAAUCUUUUCACUGGCUCAGCAGGCUGGAGCAGGGGUUUCAGUUUUACUAUCCAGGUGCUAAUGUGGUGCAAAUGCGUUUUCUGAGGUUGCACAGUAGCACCGCCAUCCAGAAGAUGACUUACUCCUGCCAUCCAGGACACGUACUGGGCCAGACAGACAGAGAUGUCAAAUUCCUCACUGACUCAAGGAAGCAAAGUUACCUCGGAGCACUUAAAGAUUGUGUGCCUGGAGAGGAGACCAUUCCUGGACCUCGGGAGUCUGUGUUUGAGUUUGAGGACCUCCAGCUGCUUCCUCUGAGAGACAUCGCAGUGAUGGGAGGUGAAAACUUCACACACCAGUUUGGCUUCAGUGUUGGACCUGUGUGUUUCAGUUAGAGGAGACCUGGAAGCUGUGUCAUCUCAGAAGACUCCAGGACAAAAACCUUUGUUAAUAUCAUGGACCCUAAUGAGGCAGCUGGAACAGCUCUUGCAGCUUCCGAAGAUGUCGCGUCCUUUUCUUCUUGUUUUGGCGGAUUUUAUCUCUCAAAUUAAGUGACUCCAUUUUCAUGAAUUCGAGAGGACACAAACGUCCCCAGGCUUUUUUUUCACAGAGAAGUCAAUUUUGUUUACAGAGACGUUUAUCUUGUAUUGAAUAAUUUAAAAAUGUAUGUUUUGUAUCCUUUAUUAUACAGUGGGGUUAUUUUCUGUUUGAUUUUUGUUUUGUAUUUCGGGGCUCCAUCAUAGUCUGCCCAUUUUGUAUAUAAAAGGUCAGACUGUCUCCGAUGACUUCUUAACAAUGUGUUCUGUGUUGGAGACACUGCUACUGUUGUCCCAUAGGCUGUAUGUGACCAGGCCAGUAAACUCACACAGAGAUUCCACUACUUUGAUACUGUGAGUGAACUCAUGAGUCACUUUUCUCCAGGUGCUAAUCAAGUUUCAUUUGAAAGUCCAACCUUUAUUUAAUCUCAAAAACAAAAGAGGGGGACAGACUCUUUGUUUUCAGCAUACUUGAUGCCGUCUGUUGUCAACUGCAAUACAAUUCUUUGUUUAUAAAUUUCACAGUUUCUUAUAAUUGUAUGUUUUUUUUCUCAGGUAUGAUACAUUAAUAUACACGUGGGCACUGAAGCUGCUGUUACUGCAGCAUGGUAGUCAGUUUUAUAGUUUAAAUAUUAAAACAAGGCUUAGGAAAUGUUAAGAGUAGAAAUGUUAAAGGAUCAAUCCAUGAAAUAACCAUUACCAACACUGAAUUGGUCUUACUAAUUAGUAUUGUGUGUCCAUCCAGAGCCUGUUAUGUCUUCUUCCUCUGUGCCAUUGAGACCCAUUGUGUCCAAACACUUUUAAAAAUACAUCAGUGACCCUCAGACAUAGUUAAACUGGGUGACCUGCUGCUUAAUUACAUUUCGACUGUAGUUUGUUUGGACUCUAUCCCACAUAAAACGUCCUACUGGAAAUACUUGCUAGAGGAACACAUUGGCAUUCAUCUGCUGUUGGAAAUAGUCCCCAACAAAUGCACUUUUUACUCCUGUUUUAGUAAGGUUUGCACAUGAAAAAAAGAAAGAAAGAAAAACCAGUAACCAACUAUUUUAAUGAAUUACUGCAGGUUUUUGUUUGUUUGGUUUGCAUUUUCAGAAGAGACUAAGAAGUUUGUUGACAAUAUUACAGCGAUAGAAAUGCCAACCUUAUCCUUUAAAGUGCUGAACUCGUGAACAGUUAUCGAUCAUCAUGAUCAUCAUUCGUUAGCAAUAAUGAGCUAUGUUGCAGUCAUCUGGCCUUGGUUAGCAAGUAGCAUUAACAGAUAAAGUAAUUAGCAAACCACAAAACAAGCCAAUUUAUCACCCAGGUCAGUCCUAGGAGUCUGAAUGAAUUAGUUGACAUAAUCCCCUCAGCUCACUACUGCAUCUAGAAAUGUGUCUGUAUCUGCAAGAUAAUUUGAGCUAGCAUUAGCCAGCUAAAACCCCAAUAUCACCAUAAAUUUCACAAGUUUUGGAGUACUGUUGGCUUUGACUUUGGACUUUUUGUUGCCACAAAGACUCUGUGAUGUGGUGGGUGCUGUUCAUGUGUUGACUUUAGCAGACUCCAUUUCUAAGAUAAUGAUAAGAUAGUGUUGCACAAUGUUGGUACACAGCAGAGCGGAAGAGAGGCAAGACACUCAGAAACACUGUCCAACAGGUUAAUUAUUUACUGUUCUAGCAAUAGAAAUGUUACAUUUAAAUUCAAAAAGUGAUUCUGUUGUUCUCUUGUAAACCAAAGACUGAAGUUUACAGAUCCCCCCGUUUCCUCACAGAUUAAUUUAUUUUACUGUACUGUAAAGGCUUUUGCUUAAGUUUGGCUUUAGACAAAGUGCAGUACCCACGACCUGCAGAGUGUCUUUGGCCCCCUGAUGAAAAAUAAGUGCCUAUUACCAUCCACUUAACAUUGAGUAAUUGCUGUCAAACGGAAUUUCUGCUUCAUUCAAUUUGAUAAGUGCUUGGCUCCAGAGAAAAGAAGCAAACCUUGUAGCUUCUCGGCAGAAUCAGGAGUUGGUGUUUGUGUCCCAGAGGCGGUCAGCAAUCACUGAUGAGUAGUGUGCUGUACAAUCUGCAUGGAGUAGGAGUUCAUUUGAAUGAGAUCUCAGGGAGUUUGUGGUGAGUGCGGAGCCUAUGAGCUCAGCCAAAACAGCAACUCUGCAGCUGGAAAACACCCAAACUUCAUUAUCAUGCUUUGUACCAAAUUUUUAUCUUAGGCCCUGCAAGUCGUUCAUGAGGCAGAGCAGUGCUACAGCUAUGUAACAGGGAAGAAAUGUAUUUAAUCUAAUCUCAACCAGACAAAUUGGAUUAAGUUUUAAGCAUCUUUGCCAUGGGUUUGAUAUUCUGGCCUGGUGUUUGAUAGUCAGUUUUCUUUCUGUAUUUAGAUUUGUCAUAUCAUAAUUCCAUAUGAUUGGCUUAGCUGGCUGAGACAGAUCAUUAUUACUUUAUUUGUACAAAGUAACAUUUUUAGAAAUAAGAAAUGACAUGCUGGACAUCUGUCUUGUGUGAUCCCUCCAUCAGCUCAUUCAAAGAAUAGUGUCAGCUGAAUCAAAAUAAAUACAUAACUGACAUGUGA